GAGCUUAGCGUUCGCGCAGGCACGAACGAGCCAGCGAGCCGUGCGAGUGAACAGAGCAGAGCAAGGCUUGAAGGCUGUCAAGCACACAGAAAGAGACAAACGGACCAAACGCGCGUCCCAACCUCCGACGGGCGGUGCGGAGAAACGCGAGUUCGCACCAAACAAUCAGCGGCCCUCUGGCCGGGCCGGAGGCGGCGGCAGUGGACAGCGUCCGAACAGCCUGACCGGACGUCAGGAUGCCACUGUUCGGCGGCAAGAAGGAUGCCACCAAGAAGCGCAAGGACGCCAAGGACGCCGAGAAAGUGCCCUCGGUCGAGGACAAGUACCACCUCAAGGAGCUGCUCGGCACGGGAGCCUUCUCGGAGGUGCGUCUGGCCGAGAGCAAAGAGAGGCCUGGUCAAAUGUUUGCCGUCAAAAUCAUCGACAAGAAGGCCCUGAAGGGCAAGGAGGACUCGCUGGAGAACGAAAUCAAAGUGCUCAGGAGGUUCAGUGAAAAUCGGGGCGGUGCUGAUGGUGAAGACGAUGGUCCACGACUGAAGCAUCCAAACAUCGUCCAGCUUCUCGAGACGUUCGAAGACAAGCACAAGGUGUACCUGGUCAUGGAAUUGGUUACUGGCGGAGAGCUGUUUGAUCGCAUAGUGGAGAAAGGUUCAUACACAGAAAAAGACGCUUCGGACUUGAUCAGACAGGUGCUGGAAGCUGUCGACUACAUGCACGUUCAGGGCGUAGUCCACAGGGACCUCAAGCCGGAGAACCUGUUGUACUACAGCCCGGACGAGGACAGCAAAAUCAUGAUCAGCGACUUUGGCCUGUCCAAAAUGGAAGACUCGGGAAUAAUGGCGACGGCGUGCGGAACGCCUGGCUACGUUGCGCCCGAGGUCUUAGCACAAAAACCCUACGGCAAGGCGGUCGACGUGUGGAGUAUAGGGGUCAUUUCUUACAUCCUCCUCUGCGGAUACCCUCCCUUCUACGACGAGAACGACGCCAACCUGUUCGCCCAGAUUUUGAAAGGUGACUUUGAGUUCGACUCACCUUACUGGGACGAGAUCAGCGAGUCGGCCAAGGAUUUCAUCCGGCAACUCAUGUGCGUUGACGUCGAGAAGAGGUACACCUGCAAACAAGCUCUUGGCCAUCCAUGGAUAUCGGGCAACGCCGCUAGCAAUAAGAACAUCCACGGAACUGUUUCCGAACAGCUGAAGAAGAACUUCGCCAAGUCCAGAUGGAAGCAACUAAUGCAUGCAAUAGCCAUGGUGCACAAGAUGCAGAGGCUGGCACUGAGCAGUUCGGCCAGCAUGGACGUGGACGAGCCGCCGGCAGGCUGCCACAAGUGUACAACAAUCCAGGAAGAGGCUGAGGAGGACGAAGCAAGCGUAUCACGCGACCACGGUCAUAAGACAGAUGCAGCGCAUGGCCCUCGGCAACAGCUCGUCCGGCCCAAACAAGAGCCCUGUGCCAGUCCGCAGUAGCCCCGCGGCGGCGUCCCCCGGCGCCAAGGGGGCGGCCACCAACGGCGCCGCGGCCAAGAAGUGAGCUCUGCUUGUGAUCACGAAGACGAGAGAAUGGCGUCGAAUAAUUAAUUUUCCAAAAUAGAUAAAGAUGCGAGGAUACAUUAAAAAUAACAAACACACUUGAUGAGAAAGAUUGUCACUGGUUACGUAAAAUACAUAAAAUAUAAUUGCAUGAGGAAUUUGUACUUUCGAGUGACGUGUGGACGAGCAGAAGUGAUUCGUUCAUUUUUUUUUGUCUGUGAAAGCGAGCCGCUUUUUAUUUUGUGGCGAAAAUGGCUGAUUUAGUUCCGACUUCUUACAAAAUCAGUUGUGUUAAAUUUUUUUUAAAAAUAUUUCUGGUUUUUUAAAGAGAUGUGCAAAAAUUGUUUUCUACCUAGCACACAAAUGUAAAAUUUGUAGCAAAAAUUGGUAUCAAUCAAAUAUUCUGGAGGCUUGUUUAAUCAGCGGGGGCCAGGUGUGCGAUAAAAUUGGCUCGUACUGCGCAGAUCCAAGAUGGCGUGAAUGUGGGAAGCAAAAAGCUCUCUUUGGAUUGCCGUACGAAGUGUCAAGAGUUUGUUUUUACGAUCCAAAAGACAAAAUUAGAGCAAAUUAUGUCACAAUAUUGACGAAAACUUGGUUCUUUUCGCGCAUUUUCUCGUAACCGUUUUUUCGCGCCAUACUCCACCGGACGCCAUAUCUGCGCGUCGCAAAAAUCUGGGCCCCGCUGUAUUUAAUAUUGAAAAAGGGGAUCGGUUCCCCAAAAUUUAAAAAGAGGCGUGACAGCCGCAAAGAAAUUAAAAUCAUUUUAAUUUUUUACAUCUUAACUCGUUUUUCUGAUAAUUUUAAUGAAGCAAAUUGAGCAAUGGUUCAUUUUUGGAGAACACAGAAAAUUAAAAAUUUUCCUUUUGUAGGUUUCUUUUGGGCUCUGUAACUUUAGGUCCACUUGUUCUGAAGGCUUAUAGGUUUAAAAAGAGAGAUUUACUCCCAAGGAAUUUAAAAAGGGGGCGUGACUACCGCGGGGAAAUCAAAAUUAUUAUCAUUUUCUGUCACUUAAAGUCGAUAUAAUCUUCAGUAAAACCAUUAAAAUGGGUUAAUUCGUCAUUAAAAAAUCUCUGUCUUUGAAUUAAUCGAUUUUUUAUUCCUUCAGAAUACCAAAGACUGGAAACGUCCGAUCAUCUAAUUAUUGGCGGGAAAAUUUUUCGCACAUCUCCCUUUCAAUUUUUUUUUAUUUUAUUUUUUUUAAUUUCAUUGAGUUUGUUUGAAGCCAGCUCUCUAUAGCACAUGUUCGUGAGGGGCAGGAGUAAAAUAUAUAGCGUAUGAAUAUGUUGUUAAUUCACUAACUUCAAACGUGAUCGACACACACACACAUAUGGAAUAAUUGUAUGAUUUAUUGCUCAAACACACUGUCUUGCUAGUUACCGAGAAAGUCGUGUAAAAAAAAUGAGGAUGUGCGUAGAAGAAGCGUGACUAAAAAGUUUUACUAUCGGUGUUUGUUCAUUUUCGAAUCGUACGCAUAUCAAUCAACUCUGUCUCAGUCUCUCCUCUAGACGAAAUUUCUCUCUUUGCCGCGAAACACUCCUUUUAGCACUGUUUCUCAACCACCUGGAAAAAUGGACAUUGUGAUAUUUGAUUGCUGUUGCUUGUAAAAACAAAACAAAACGAAAAAAAUGAAAAACACUAACACACUAAACGGAAUGGGAAGAGUGAUUCUCGCGUUUGAGCGCUGGCCGAGUGCUGUUUAUAUAUAUUUUUUAUCAUCAAAGUCUCCUCAUUUCCACACAUUCGAGCCAGAGAACAAAAGGCUCUGCUGUUCAUUCACAGGCCGAAAUUAAUUAAUUAAUAUGUUUAUAUUUAUUUGCUAUAUUUUAAAAGAAGUUUGUUGAUUUAUUUUCAAAUGUUUGUUGUAGCGUUUAAGAUGAAUAAUGGGCUCUCUAUACUUAAUUUUUUAACUCAGAUCUGCGUUUAUUUAUUUGCCUGUCGGGGAGUAAGUGCGAUUCGAUUUCCCGAUUUUUGAUCGCGAUCACUCUUCUCUCUAGUUCGAUAGCCUAUACAAAAUAUUAUCCAGCCUGUUCUUUCUCAUCUCUACAAGUUAAACGAGACGACGACGCGAUGGUAAAAAUUAAUUACAUGAUAAUCCACACACGUAAAAUUAUAUUGGACAAGCAAGCGAAAUCCCUAAGUGUUGCAUACGAUUUAAUGGAGACAAUUGUAAAUAUCGUUAUUAAUACGGUUAAAUGAAUAUGUAGCUGAGACGAACAAUUGACAGAAAAGAAAAACUAUAUUGAUGUGCCACCUGCGGCACAUCUUUUAAUGUGAUACUUUCUAUCUAUACACACUCCAUAAAAUGUGCUGUUCUUGAGUGCUCUCUCUCUUUUUCUCUUUCUCUCGUACCGGGUUUUACAAGGAAGCCCAUGCAUUUUUCGCGUGAAAUGUGUAAAUCACCAGCAGGCAAAUCUUUUUAACGAGACAAAUCGGUUGUUGGUCAUUUAAUAUUUUCUAAAACGCCACUUGAAGUUGGCUUGGGUCUAGAAAUAUUAUCUAGUUUAAAAAAUUAUAUUAAAACUCGAGCAUAUUCCUAAAGCUGACUAAAUUAGCCUCAUUAUUUUUACAAUUAAUUUUAAAACUGUUUGGCUAUUUUUAAGUUCCACUUAACAAUCGUAAAAAAAUCUAUAAAAUACAAAAUGUCGAUCGAUUUGUCUCAACAAGGAGAAUCUGCAUGCCAAUUUUAAUUUUAAUUGACCAGUUGCAUAAACCCUCAGUGUUCGAAGCUGCCAACAGAUGGCGCCACGGAAUACUUUCGAAAUAAAUUUAUUUUUAAUUAACUUCCGCUGCGAUUUCAGACUAAAUCCUGCUACUGUGCAUUCUUCACUUAAUUUCCUUUCUUUUGACGUGCUGAAAACCAAAAUCAGUCCAGCCAUUCGCCGUAGAAACGUCGGAAAAGAUUUUUUAUUUCGAGAGAAAUAGUUUUUCACGAUUCUACGGCGAUUGACUUAACCGAUUUUGGUUUUCAGCACGUCAAAAGAAAGCAUAUUAAGUGAAGAAUGCACAGUGGCAGGAUUAAGUCUGAAAUCAAAGCGGAAGUUCAUUAAAAUUAAAUUUAUUACGAAAGUCUUCGGUGGCGCCAUCUGUUGGCGGCUUUGAACACUAAUGGUUUUGCAACUGGUGAAUUUUCCAUUAAAAAAUACGUAGAAAUUCCGACAAAACCUUCGUAACUCUGCUAAAAUUUUCAUGUGAUGCAAAAAAAAUGCUUUUAAAUUCGCAAAUCAUGCGUGGGUUCUCCUUGUUAGGUUAGCCUUCCCGAAUUUCCGGAAUUUGUGUUUUUGCCACUAUCUGAUUUGCCUUGUUUUUCUAUAAAAGCUUUCUCUAUGGCGUGCGUGUAUAGUUGAAACUGGGAUAUAAUUAUAUUGUACAUAUUUUGAGCUAAAAUCGAGCCAGCCAGCCAUUCCUCUCUGUCUUGUUAGCGAUUUAUUGAUUGUUGAAGUUUUCCGCCUUGUGGAAAUAUUUUCUUAAACAUUUGUCGUCUUGAUGAACAAACAAACAAAGAAACAAACAAACAAACAAACUAAUAAAAAUGAGGUUUUGUGAACAAAAUUUUGUAACAAUCUUGCAGUAUAUGCUCAGGUUUUGUGUCCAGCCGUGCAAAAGCAGCGCUACUUUAUCGUUCACUGUUGAAUUUAUUGUUUUUCUAACGCGUCAAGUGAAAAAUUCUACCAAUUUCUUAUUGAAUUAAUACACCGCAAAGAGUCUAUAAUGGAUGUGUUUACUUAAAUAUAUCAACUGAGGAAGCAUACCCCGUCUCGACAGGCGUAAAAUACAUUACACACCGCCGCCGCGCGAGUUAGCUUAAAAUACCAUUAAAUUAAACUGUGUAUAACCACCAGCCUGUAGAAGAACAAGCAAAACUGUUGAAUUCUGAGCGAUACUACUCAUCUACUGACUAAAUAAAAUUUUUACUUCAAAAACA